AUGAUUAAAGCCAAGGUGCUUGUGUUUGCCAUUCUGGUAUACCCGAUCAGUCUUUGGUCCGUUUGCGCGGGGUACUGGGUGUGCGUGGCUGCAUACUAUGGCUAUAAGAUUGGCAGGUCGUGUCUGGGUUUGGCGAUACGUUUUGACACAUACUUGGGGACUGGCUGGUUGAGUAGGAUUGUCAGUGUCUUGUUCAUCUUACUGGUCCGGGGAAUUUGUCUGGCUGUGGAUGAGUACGUCGAUUUAGUGCGGAGAGGGUGGGAAUGUCCGCCAUCUGAGGUGAGGAAGCGGUUAGCUCUUGAGUUUAUUUUAGAAGCCCCGGUUGUUAUACUUUCGGAUCCUCCGAUGUUUGAUGCUGCGGUUGAUGAUGAAGCUGAAGAGUUCGAGGGACAUACUGCAGAUGAUCGUGAAGCUAGAAUGACCGGCUACGGGAAAGCCCUGGAUGACUCGACUGAGUAUGCGGUUGGACCUGAAGUCUCUGAUGACGGGACGAAUUCGUGGGAAACCGUUGAUUAUAGCGAUAGCCCCGUACGAGAUUCCGAGUCCUGGAUAGAAACGGUUGAGCGAGAUAACGAGUAUGAGGCCGAAUAUGGUGACUAUUGUGAAGAGGAAAGUGAGAAACUCUUCAGCAACGAUCCUGGAAGCCAGGUGGAUAUCGAUGACGGCGGCGUCUUCCUUCCUAUGAGCAUGUUUGACUAUCCUAAAGAAGAGGUUCACUUUAGUGACCACGGAUAUACCGAGCACCAACAGGUAGAAGACACUGAUGAAACAUACGAGCUUGACAUGAUUACGACACAGUACGGGCAAAUGGGUGCAAACAAGACCACAAUAGAGAACAAAGAAGGUCCGUGGGGAUCUGACACCUGCAGUGAAUGUGAUCAACCUGUAUGGGAAAACGCGUCAGCCUCCAACAUGACCAACGCAGACUCUACCAGUUCCAAACUCCCAGCUGCUUCUGUGGCCGGCCCAGACGCACAGGAUACUGGGGCCACUGAGCCCGCCUGCAUCGUUGAAACCACGAAACCUUUGACACUAGAAGAUAUGGCUGGCAGCUGGUGGGAUGAGGUCCUAGAGGCUAUGGAAAUAGGGUUUGAGGAGGCAGAAGCGGUGUUUCAAAAGGCAGCAAGUGCAGGGUUCAAAGAUAUCGAGGUCGGUCCGGCUCUGGCUAAGGCAAAGAGUGCCCCGAGAAAAAGACGGCCCAAGAAGCCAGAGAAACCACGAAAAGGGCCAGCUAACCGCAACCCCGACUGCACCGACCCAGAGAAGGACUUCUUUGAUGUGUGUUGGAGCAUCCUCAAUGAGACAGGCCUGGUGGGAGAGUAUAUGAGGGACAGAAUGCUGCGGCGAACCUACCAUAACGCCCAUACCAAAGGGCAUCCCAGGAAAAAAGAAAACCACGGAAGGUUGAGAAAGCGUGAAUGUUAUCUCUGCUGUGGCUGUCAGAAGCCCAUCAAAUGA